UGCUUAGCAGAGACAUUCUGAACCGCCAUGUCUGACGCCUCUUCCAUAUCACAAACAUCCAUGGAUCAAAGAUUCCAACUUCUUCUAACUUUUGUAUCAACUCUCUGCGCCUUGAUUUUCUUGGCUCGUUACUUUCAGUCAAGGCGGAGACGGGUUUCUGACAUAAAAGGCCGGAGUUUGCCGCAACCGGACGGCGCUUUGCCGGUUAUCGGCCACCUUUUCUGCUUCGGCGGUGGCAAACUUACGUAUAAAGUCCUCGGCGCCAUGGCCGACAAGCAUGGACCGGCGAUGGCGAUAAAGCUCGGCAGCCAUAAAGCUCUGGUCAUAAGUAGUUGGGAAAUGGCGAGGGAGUGUUACACCACUCACGACAAGGCAUUCUGCGACCGUCCGAGAAUAGCCGCCUCUAAGUUUCUCGGCUAUGAUUAUGCUUUCUUCGGCGUCGCUCCUUACGGGGAAUAUUGGCGAGAAAUGCGCAAGAUUGUCACUCUCCAUCUUCUCUCUAACCGGCAAGUUGAGAUGCUGAAUCCCAUAAGAACAUCAGAACUGGAGACUUCCAUUAGAGAGCUGUAUGAGUUGUGGGUUAGCAAUGGAAAUCCUGAGCGUGGUUUCAUUAUGGCGGAUUUGCGGCCCUGGUUUGGAAACCUGAUCCGGAACAUGUCGGUGAGGAUGGUCGGAGGGAAGAGGCUCACCGGAGACGGCGUGGAUUGCAACAAGGAAGAGGCAAGAAGGUGCGAGAAAGUGAUCAAAGAAUUCCUCUACUUCUUUGGCGUGUUUGUGUUGUCUGAUUCUUUCCCUUUUCUUGAGUGGCUGGACUUGCAAGGGCACAAGAAAUCGAUGAAGAGAAUCGCGAAAGAGCUCGACAACCUCGUAGCAGGGUGGUUGGAGGAACAUAAGAAGAGGAGGAUGUCCGAGGAGGGCAUGGGACCACAGGAUUUCAUGGAUGUAAUGAUUGAAAUCAUGGAAGACGAUGCACAAAUUUCUGGGUUUGAUGCAGAUACCAUAAUCAAGGCAACAUGUUUGAAUAUGUUAGUAGCAGGAAGUGAUGGAAUAACUGAGACUCUAACUUGGGCACUAUCUUUGCUAUUGAACAAUCGCGCUAUGUUUGAUAAGGUUCAAGAGGAACUGGACAUUCAGGUUGGAAGAAAUAGAAAUGUGGAUGAAUCUGAUAUAAAGAAUCUAGUUUUUCUCCAAGCUGUGAUCAAAGAAACAUUGCGUCUAUACCCUCCUGGUCCAGUCAAUGCUUUGCGUUCUUCGCUCAAGGACUGCACCUUGUCACAAGGUUACCACGUGCCAGUCGGUACUAGAUUGAUGGUAAACAUUUGGAAGAUUCAUCACGAUGAAAACAUAUGGCCCGAGCCAUAUGAGUUCCGCCCAGAGAGAUUCUUGACAACCCAUAAAGACAUUGAUGUUAGGGGACAACAUUUUGAACUCAUUCCUUUUGGAUCUGGGAGGAGAUUUUGCCCUGGGAUACAACUCUCUUUGCAGACCUUGCAUCUUUGUCUAGCCACCUUGCUACAUUGCUUUGAUUUCACACUCCCAUCCAAUGAAAAAAUAGACAUGAGUGAGAGUGUAGGGUUCAUAAAUGCGAAAGCCACUCCUCUUAAGGUGUGUCUUACACCGCGUCUUAAGUCUACUCUGUUUGAGCAUUAGCUUAAUCUUUUAUUCAUGUAUCAGUUUUCAAAUGUUGUGUUUAAUCUAUAUGAAAUACCAAAGUAUGUAGACAUUGUGGUU